CUCUCUCUCUCUCUCUCUCUCUCAUAGAGAAGAGAAUUGUUCUUAUCUCCAAUGUAUCCUAGCUAGCUAAUUCUUCUAUCGAUCUCAAUGUUGCUCUCCAAUAUCCUCUCCUCCAUUAAUGUUGCUUCCCCAUUAUCAAAAAAGAUGAAAGUAAGAAUAGUACUAUCUUCAACUUCACCCUUAAAUUAAAACCUCUCUCUCUCUCUCUCUCUCUCUAGUGUAAACCGAGCACCAGAAAGAAUCCUACUGAUUAUCGAUCGUCAUUUAUUAGUCCCUGCUCGCCACCAUGAGCCAGUGUGUUCCCAGCUGGGAACUCGACGAUGAUCCCGCCCCUCUUCCUCGCCUCUCUCUUCGCCACCACUCUACAAACUCUUCUUCUUCCCUUCCCGCCGACGCUCCCAUGUUGGACUACGAGGUGGCGGAGCUGACCUGGGAAAAUGGGCAGCUGGCCAUGCACGGGCUAGGCCCGCCGCGAGCGGCGUCCAAGCAGCUGCCGGCCAAUUCUUUGCCGGCGAAAUACACUUGGGACAAGCCACGCGCCGGUGGGACCUUGGAGUCUAUAGUAAACCAAGCCACUUUCUUCCCCAAGGGGAAGCCCGCCGCCUGCGAGGAGCUGGUGCCGUGGUUCGACGACAGGCAGGCUGCGGCGGCGUCGGCAACCAUGACGAUGGACGCGCUGGUGCCGUGCUCGAACGGGACGCAGGAACCGGCGGCAUCAGGGCACGUGCUGGAGGGGAUAGGCACGUGCUGGGUGGGGUGCUCCACGCGCGUGGGGUCGUGCAGCGGGGCCACCACCACCAACAACACACUGGAGAACAACACCGGGGAGGCGGUGAAGGGUGCCAGGCCGGCGAAUGUGCCGGUUGGGGCUGCGGCGCCGGAGUGGAGCAGCAGGGACAACAGCGUCAGUGGCAGCGCCACCUACAGCCGGCAGAUGACGCUGGACACUUGCGAGAGGGAGUUGGGUCCGUGCGUCUUCACGUCUACUUCCAUGGGGUCGCCGGAGAACACCAGCUCCGGCAAGCAGGGCACCAAGACCACCACCACCGGCGACGACCACGACUCCGUUUGUCACAGCCGACCCCAGACAGACACCGGAGGAGAAGAAGAGAAUAAGAAAGCAAAUGGAAAAUCUUCAGUCUCAACCAAACGGAGUCGGGCAGCUGCUAUUCACAAUCAGUCCGAACGUAAAAGAAGAGAUAAGAUCAACCAAAGGAUGAAGACAUUGCAGAAACUGGUGCCUAAUUCCAGUAAGACUGAUAAAGCUUCAAUGCUGGACGAGGUGAUAGAGUAUCUAAAGCAACUGCAAGCUCAAGUUCAGAUGAUGAGCAGAAUGAACAUGUCGUCGAUCAUGAUGCCGAUGACCCUACAGCAACAGCUGCAGUUGUCGAUGAUGGCCCCGAUGGGAAUGGGAAUGGGAAUGGGUAUGGGAAUCGGAAUGAGCGUCAUGGAUAUAAACAGCAUGAGCCGCCCCAACCUCACCGGAAUGCACCCCGUCCUUCACCCCACCGCCUUCAUGCCCCUGGCUCCAUGGGACGGCUCCGGCGACCGAUUGUCCACUCCGGCAGCCACAGUCAUUCCGGACCCCAUGACCACUUUCCUUGCAUGCCAACAGCCUAUGACGAUGGAUGCAUACAGCAGAAUGGCGGCAUUGUAUCAGCAACUGCACCAGCCUCCAUCUUCUGUUUCUAAGGAAUGACUAAUGAGAGUUAUAAAUAUUGGAUCUGAACAUGGAGCUGCUUUAGAACUAUAUAUAUAUAUAUAUAUAUAUAUUAAUAUAGACAUAGAUAAGGGUCGCAGUGUAAUUUACAAGGGUGCGUGGAGCUGCAUGUUAAUUAGCUAGUUCCAGAUCGAUACUAAUUUAAUGUUGAUAUUCUUGGAGCCAACACGGGAGCAAAAUGUUUGAAUUGGAGCUAUGUAUAUUUCAUCAUCCUUUUGCUUUUAUUACUUUGUUUGAAAAUUGGUGCUCCAACAAGCUAGCUGCUCUUGAGGAAGUCACUUAAAAACUUUCUUUAAGUAGGAGUAAACAAAUAAUAAAUAUUUCUUGGUCUU